AUGAAUCUGAACGACUUUGUGAUCCUUCCUAACAAGCCCAAGUCUGUGAAGUUAAAUACAAGAGUAAUGGAGAUGUGGCGCUGUGCCCUCAGAAACCUGCGGGAGCUGCGCAUGGAGACGGUGCAGCUGGCCCAGGAGAGCACGGCCAUGGAGAGCAGGCUGCAGCAGCUCAGGGAGAGCAUGAGCCGAGAGAAGGAGGAGAGAGAGAGGUCUGGGGGAUUCCGCUGGAAGUCUGGAAAGGCGGGCGCCCUCACCGGCCCUGCCGCCCGGAGGAACCGUGAGAACGCCGCGCCAAAGGUCCCAGGGGCAAAGGUGAAGAUCCGAGUGCUCCGAGACGAGCCGUUGGCAGGUGAGUGUGUCAGCGAGGGUCAUGGGAAAAUGGAGGGGGUCCUCUCUUUCGGCUCUCACUGCCCGGCAGAGGUGCAGACGUCAGUCAGUGCUCUGGAUGUGGUCCACCGCUUCAAGCAGCAGGUGAGCCCGAAGACAGCACAGCCCGCUAGCGCCCCCACUGGACAGGGGAAGAAGGAGCCUGCCAUCUGGACGUACUGUGGAGAAAGAGAGCCAGCUGUCAAUCACAUGCGAGUGAGGAGGAGGAGGAGGAGGAGGAGUGGGCCGAGGAGGCGGUCAGUGGCGUCGCUGCCGGGAGGCUCCUCGCUGCUGAGGGGCCACUUUGACGAGGGAGGCGUCGGCGCGCUCCUUCCAGCAGGCUCUGCGGUGGUGGAGGGGGGGAGGAGGGAGGGAGACGCGGCGGACACACCACAGCAGGUGCAGGCCCACCGGCCACACUCAGCAGCACUGCCAGUGUCGACGGAGGCCACUGGGACUCAGGCAGACCUUCAAUCCAAGACUCUUCAGCCCAUUCAUGUGGAGUUCACGGAGCCGGGGCUGUGCUACUUGGACAAGCUCCUGAUCAAGAAACACCGCCGAAUGCCAAUCGAAGAGUAUCGACCGCUCUCCAGCGAAGCCUCCACUCAGGAGCGCUUGACACCCUCAAGCACAGAGACUGAUGGGGAGAGCCACAGGCUGACAGAGGAAGAGAAGGAGCUGCGGAAGUACCUCGCCGCCCUGUUCACUGUCCCACCUGCAGGGGGCGUCAGAGAGCCCCACUCCCCCACCAAGCCCUCCCUGAGCAUUGUGGAGAUGGCCCAGACAGUGUGCGACGCUGUGGGUACCUCUGCCUUUGGAGUGGAGCAGCGCGGAGCGAACACAAAGUUGGACGGAGGUAGAGAGAGUGUGAGCGAGCGGGGGAAGAGUGAGGAGAGGAGGAGUGUGGGCACUCGAUCUUCAGCAUCGUCUUCGUCGCCUCGGCUGCCUGCGUCGCCGGGGCCACGCUUCUCCCCUGGAGGUGGGUCAUCCAUCCCAUCUGACCAGAGCCCGACUCCGCCUCCAGGGCCCGCACCGAGAGCUGCUCUGCGGCCGACGCGCUCACCUGUGGCCAGCCGGCCUUCUCCUCGGCCUGCCUCUGGGCAGUCAGCAGCAUCGUCAGGCCAGCGCUUCACCAAGUCACCAAGGAGCAGAGGGUCAUGCAGCCCAAAGACCGACCGCAUGAAAACAUCCUCAAUAGAGUCCAAAACUCCGUCCCCGAGAAGCAGACCAGCAUCCUCCUCACAAGGUCUCGGUGUGACCCCUUCACCUCCUCACCCCCUCCAGACGCCCUCGUCCUCAGAACCUCAGUCACCCGCGCCCCUGUGCACCCCCGGACCAUCUCGUCCGUCCAGUCCAGGCUCCAGGACAUCUGCCCAGCCCUCCACACCUGGAUCUACAGUGGAGGCUUCACCCCCAUCAUCCAGGAUGGAGGCUACUCCACACCCCACCCGUGACAGCACCCCUCCACAGACCCCCUACUCCUUAACACCUGUCAACACAUCAACCCCACCCUCAGCUGAUCCCUCCACCCCACCUGCACACAGCCACCAGCUACCAGAUUCUGAUUCAGAUUCGGAGGAGGAGGAGGAGGAGGCGGAGGAGAGGGAGGACUGGAAGGGCAGUGUGGGGCUGCUGCUGGACGAGUGGGACUCCUCAGAUGAGGAGUUGAGCUGCUGUGUGGGUGGAGGGGACACUCUCUGUCCAUCCCCCUCCCCUCCCUCCCGCUGCCGCUCUGCAGAGGAGGAGCCGUCAUCUCCCCUGGGCCUCGGCCACUCUGAUGGACGCCUGUCUGAUCCAGCGCUUUUCACCGAGCCCUCCUCCGCUCUGCAGGCCCUUGCCCAGAGGCUGCCCACCCAAGCACACAGCUUCCUGGGCCUGGACGGCUUCCUGACCCUGGGCGUGGACGUGAGCUCGGCGCGGCCCAGCUCUGGCCCAGUCUCUGCUUGUACUCACACACCCCAGGUCCCCGGCCCGCAGAGAUCGCCACCACCCUACCGUGGAGGGCAGCUCAGUUGGAGGCCCAGCAGCAGCCUGAGAGAGAGCGCACCGGACGAGCUGGUCCUGGCCGUGCUGGAGAGCCAGAGCCCACGCCACACACUCAGCCGGCCCCCCUCAGCUGCACGCAGGCUCCACUCUGCUGGUAGGGUCACUCCAUGUCCUGCUCCUCGUCCCGUCAGCGUGUCCCGGCCCCUGUCUCGUGCGGCUCAGGAGAUCCUGGAGGUGCAGAGCGUGGAGCAGGAGGCGCCGUGCGACGGCGAGGAGCACGAGGAGGAGGAGGAGGAGGAUGACCGUCAGGCUCUGGCCAGUCUAGAGGAGGAGUUCAGACAGAUGAGCGCACAGCCAGGUGAGGGCCCCGGUGUCUGCAGGGGUCCCAUGGCGGCGCACGGUUCACCGACCGGGUCAGAGGGCCACCGUCCGACCGGGAGGAGCGCCAGCGGCGCCAGCAGUGGAGCGUCACGGUGCUGGACCAGCAGAGGUCACCUGGACGAGGAGGACAAUCUCGGGGACAAGCAUGAUGUUCUAGCACUCCGUUGACCAGUGCGUACACACACACACACACACACACACACACACACACACACACACACACACACACACACACACACACACACUUGCAUACACACUUCAAGGCUGCUUUUGAAUCCUGGAGUGGGGCCAUUAUGCUCGAUCAGUUGAACAGCAGGACUUGUGCCCAUCAUUUUGUUUGAGAUGGUAAUGCUGAGUAAUAACAAAGAUGCUUUAUGGUUUGUUUUUUUUUGCUGCAAUACUGAAGUGAUUCUCUUCCAUUUUAGUGCAGCGUUAGAUCAUUAAAAUGUAUUUAUGCCAUUGUAAUGAAAUUAUUUUUCUGC